AUGAAGGUCGACUCGCUGUGGACAUGCCUGUCGUACGUCUUUGAAUUACUGAGCGGCAACACAGUCCAGGACCAGCUUCCCUUGGGCCAAGGUCAUACUAGCAAUGUCGUCUCCCAUGUUGACAACAUUGGUUCUGAACCAUUGAUGUUUGAGGCCCCAAGGGAUCCACGAACUGGGGAGGGAUUUAUCUGCGAGUACCCAAGAAUGCGGGGCUACAGAAAAUGCCACGAAAAUGACAAGCACUGCUGGAUCAAAUCCCAUGAUGGACGCCGGAAAUUCGAUAUCAAUUCAGAUUACGAGAACCCUAAAGAGGUUCCGUUGGGGAUAACGCGGAGGUUUGAAUUAGAUAUUGGGGAAAUGCCACUGUCCCCUGACGGAGUUACCAUGGAGCAUGGCAAGGUUUUCAACCGACAAUAUCCUGGGCCUUGGAUUCAGGCUUGUUGGGGGGACACAAUCGAGGUGACCGUCACCAAUAAGCUUCAGUACAACGGAACAUCGGUUCAUUUUCAUGGAAUUAGACAGCUUAAUACUCCCCAUAUGGAUGGUGUCAAUGGCAUCACGCAAUGCCCCAUCGCUCCUGGAGACACCUUUACCUACAAGUUCCGUGCUCUGCAAUAUGGCAGCAGUUGGUAUCAUAGUCACUACUCGCUACAGUACGGCGAUGGAAUGCUUGGACCUAUGACAAUUUACGGCCCUACGACUGCCCAAUAUGACCUUGAAGGAGCUCUCGAGCCUAUUCUGAUGACCGAUUGGAACCACCGUUCAGUCUUCGAGGCAAAAACUGGUGCUGCUCCUAAAAUGACAAACAUCCUUCUAAACGGCAACGGUCAAUACGGGUCGGGACCAGAUCGACCAGAAAAAUUCAACAUGACAUUUGAAGAGGGAAAGAAAUACUUGCUGAUUCUAAUAAAUACCGCUGUGGACACGACAUUUAUCUUCUCAAUUGACGAACAUCUCCUCCAGGUUGUUGAAACUGACUUCGUUCCCAUCGUGCCAUACUAUAGAGAGAAACUCCGGAUUGGUAUUGGUCAACGCUACCAUGUCAUCGUCCAUGCCAAACCCAGAAAUCCCGCGAGGCAUAACAAUUACUGGAUCAGGACCAUACCGGCGAGACAAUGUUCGAAGUUUGCUUGCGGGCCCGACGAAAAAAUGGGUAUUUUGCGAUAUAACACAACUAAGCCUGACAGCGACAAAGAUCCACUGAGCACACCCUUUCUCUUUGACAUACAGUGUGCCGAUGAGCCUUACGAAGAAAUUAUCCCGUGGAAGAAAUGGAGAGUUGGAAAUCCAGCUAAUAACGACUUAACGAAGACAGAGUUUCAGGUCUCUUUGAAAAACUCGUCAGGAGUGCCCUAUGUGCCUGACAAGCGUUUGCUGCGAUGGGACAUGCACCUGGACCCAUUCCGGAUCAACUUCAGCGAUCCAACGAUCUUAUCGCUCGAGCGUGAAACCUGGCCGCGAUAUACCGAUGUGGUUACGGUGGACACGCCGGACGAUGGGGAAGACCAUUGGAUCUGGCUCCUCAUCACUGCUCCGUAUGGCAUCCCUUCUGAGGGCGGGGAGCGUAUGUUUGUACCUGCGGCUCAUCCAAUGCAUCUCCACGGGCAUGACUUCGCUCUUCUGAGGCAGUCAACCACUUCUUGGGAGGACGACAAGCAUAACUUUACUCUUGAUUGCUCAGACGAGCGGGUCAAAUGCGAUAACCCACCUCGCCGCGACGUGGCCCUAUUGCCAGCAUACGGGUAUCUCAUCAUCGCCUUCAAGGCUGAUAAUCCAGGCAAGCUCCCCCAUCUCUAG